AGCUCUACCAGCAGCUCUACCAGCAGUACUACCAGCAGCUCUACCAGCAGCUCUACCAGCAGUACUACCAGCAGUACUACCAGCAGUACUACCAGCAGCUCUACCAGCAGUACUACCAUCAGUACUACCAGCAGCUCUACCAGCAGUACUACCAGCAGUACUACCAGCAGUACUACCAGCAGUACUACCAGCAGCUCUACCAGCAGUACUACCAGCAGUACUACCAGCAGUACUACCAGCAGUACUACCAGCAGUACUACCAGCAGUACUACCAGCAGUACUACCAUCAGUACUACCAGCAGCUCUACCAGCAGCACUACCAGCAGUACUACCAGCAGUACUACCAGCAGUACUACCAGCAGUACUACCAGCAGUACUACCAGCAGUACUACCAGCAGCUCUACCAGCAGUACUACCAGCAGUACUACCAGCAGCUCUACCAGCAGUACUACCAGCAGUACUACCAGCAGUACUACCAGCAGUACUACCAGCAGCUCUACCAGCAGUACUACCAGCAGUACUACCAGCAGUACUACCAGCAGUACUACCAGCAGUACUACCAGCAGUACUACCAUCAGUACUACCAGCAGCACUACCAGCAGUACUACCAGCAGCUCUACCAGCAGCUCUACCAGCAGUACUACCAGCAGUACUACCAGCAGUACUACCAGCAGUACUACCAUCAGUACUACCAUCAGUACUACCAGCAGCACUACCAGCAGUACUACCAGCAGCUCUACCAGCAGUACUACCAGCAGCUCUACCAGCAGUACUACCAGCAGUACUACCAGCAGUACUACCAGCAGCUCUACCAGCAGUACUACCAGCAGCACUACCAGCAGUACUACCAGCAGCACUACCAGCAGUACUACCAGCAGCUCUACCAGCAGUACUACCAGCAGUACUACCAGCAGUACUACCAGCAGCUCUACCAGCAGCUCUACCAGCAGUACUACCAGCAGUACUACCAGCAGUACUACCAGCAGUACUACCAGCAGUACUACCAGC